CUGUCAUAUGGUCUGUAGACUAUCGUGCAAUGGACUGUAUGUACGAGAGCGACAUACUUGUGGGAUGCAGUCAAGGCAUUGAGGGACACACGGGUACAAGGAAGAAGAUCGAUUUAGCAGCAACAGGAGGUGGUGGCGAGAGUGUGGUAGAGAAGGAAGGGCAUAUUAGGAUGCAAAACACAAAGGGAGAUGAGUUCGCCGAGCGGCCAUCGAUUCGGAGCACACCUCAACCAACACUUAGACCGUCAGAAGGCAUCAGUGCAGUAGGAGCCAGAAGUGAGACAACACCAACAACAGGUAGGGAAGUUGUUGCACACGUGCAUAACGACGUCGCGAAGGACGACAAGAUUGAAGGAGAUCAGCAACAAAAAGCAUCAGACGAAGAAGGGCCAAAUUUCCAGGCACAUGAGGGAGUGAAGGCGGUGGUAGGGAAUGUCGAUUCGCAUUCAAAGCAGUCGCAUGAAACACAACAUACGAAUGUCACCACUACACAGGCGCAAGCCACCGACGAAGCCACCAGGGAGCAAAGUGCAGAUGAGAAAGAAGGGGGGAAAGGACCAGUGUCUAUGGAAUGCACUGGUCCAGGAACGCAAAUAGUUUCGGAGUCAAGAAUGGGAGAAAAGAGAGCUGAUGUGGAGGGUGUCAGUGUGGAAGAGCAUGAAAAGGUUCCAAGCACGGCAAACAGGGAGAGGGGGGAGGAAAAUGAGAAUGAAGAGGAGGCGGACAAGAGUCAGAGUGUGAUCAAGUUGGUGGACCAGUCAGGUGAGAACGAAGAAACAUCUGACAAGGAAGAAGUGAAAGAGUCGGGAGAGGAGUCUUAAGAAAGAGAGCAUGAUUUGAGCGAAGCGAGUGAGGGAAUAUGCGGUAGAGAAAGA